AACAAUGGAGGAUCAAGAAACCCCAAAGCCAUCCCCAGCUCCAUGCUGGAGCAACCUCCUGAAGAACCAGACGGCUCCAAAGCCCCAAAACCCUAGCCCUAGCCCCACAGUCGGCGUCUUCGCUGAGAGCUGCAAGUCCACCAAGGGCAUCGCCGUCGCCGUCGUCGACGCCAACGCCAUAAUCGACGGCGGAGAGAGGCUUUCCCAAUGCGCCGACAAGUUCGUCUCCGUUCCCGAGGUUAUGGACGAGGUCCGCGACCCCGUCUCCCGCCACCGCCUCGCCUUCAUCCCCUUCUCCGUCCAAUCCAUUGAGCCUUCGCCGGAAUCUCUCAACAAAGUGAUCAAGUUUGCUAGGGCAACUGGAGAUUUACAGACACUAUCAGAUGUGGAUCUCAAGCUUAUUGCAUUGACUUACACUUUAGAGGCUCAAAUCCAUGGCACUGAACACCUUAGGGAGUGUCCUCCUCCGAUCCACACGGUUAACGUGAAGAGGUUGCCUGAGAAGGACAUGCCGGGGUGGGGCUCCAAUGUCCCCAAUUUGGAGGAAUGGGAAGCAUUGGAACACCAAGCCGAGGAUAAACCGGAUGAGGAUUCAAGAAUCCUCCCCUUGAAAGACUUGAACUUGAAUGUUGUUUCUGAUGCCGGUUCUGAGCAUCAGACAGAUGAUGGUGAGGAGAAUGUUGGGAGGCCGAGGAGGUAUCCUCCCAAGAAAAAAGAGAUAAAUAUUGAGGGGAAAAAGAUGGUGACAGAUGGGAUUGAUGCGUCUCGGGGAGAGUUUGAUGGUGAUGAAGGGGAUUGGUUGCCUGCUGUAAGUCGAAGCACUCACAGAAGAUUUCUUAGGAGAAAAGCUAGGCGUGAUUAUUAUGAAUCAUUGUCCGAAAAAGAUGGGUUUUCUGAGAAGAAUGAGAUGACGGAGGACAAGAAUGAUGGUCAAGAGAAUGGCACUAAAGAAGAGAAGAAUGGUGGUGUUGAAGAGAAUGAAGUGCGAGAGGGAAAGAAUGAUGAGGAAAACCUCUCCACAAUCCUACACCAGAUGAGGUUGGAAGAAGAUUUGGUGGAAGAAGAUUUGGUUAAGGGACUUCAAGAAGGGAAUGCCAACGCUGAAGGAGAUCAAACAGAUAUGGUUAGUGAAGGCCACGACCAUUUAGAGGUCUCGAGUGAGAUUAACGAUUGUAUUGAUGCCUCAAAUGUAGAGGAUGAUGCUAGUAGUGAGCAUAGCUGGAUGCUCAGGUCCUUGUCCGAGUCGAGUGUAGCUUGUAUAACCAGUGACUUUGCGAUGCAAAAUGUCAUUCUCCAGAUGGGUUUACGCUUGGUGGCACCGGGAGGAAUGCAGAUCCGCCAGCUGCACAGGUGGGUUUUAAGGUGUCAUGCCUGCUAUACAGUGACUGCUGAAAUUGGGAGAAUUUUCUGUCCCAAGUGUGGAAAUGGUGGAACUUUACGCAAGGUAGCUGUCACAGUCGGUGAGAAUGGAAUUACUUUGGCAGCUCGACGUCCGCGUAUUACACUGCGUGGCACAAAAUUUUCACUGCCUUUACCUCAAGGUGGAAGAGACGCGGUUUCUAAGAACGUCAUCUUACGUGAAGAUCAACUCCCUCAAAAGUUCCUUUAUCCAAAGACAAAGAAGAAAUCGACUAAACAGGGAGACGACUACUACGUAUCCGAUGACAUUUUCAGUCACCACCAUAGUCAUAAAAAGGCUCCUUUCCAGCCUCCCGUUAGGAAGGCAUUAGCAGUUUUCAGUGGCAAGAGGAAUCCUAAUGACAACCAUUACACUCGUUCUAAGCAUAAAUAAAGGCUCUUUCUUGUUUAAUUUCCUAAA